AUGGCUCCCGGCUCUGGUCGCUCCGUCAUUGAGCCCCCCCGCCCUGGCAAGGAGUACCCACCCAUGACUGCCGGUGCGCACAAGAAGGUCUUCGGUGGUGAGCGUGUCUCGCUGCUGGAUGUGUUGAAGAAAGUCAGACCGCAUAGUCCUACCACACAAGCGCUUGAGGAGAGAGCUUCCCGAGAGGGUCCAGCGAAUGUAGACGAUGAAACACCAAUGCAGAAAUUCACAGAAGAAGAUUGGGUUCGCAUACAAGACGAGGCUAUCCCUCUUGCAUCCAAAGCUCCCGAGAGAAAGAAGAAAGCAGAAGUGCAGCAACGAGAUCAACGCGCCGCUCGUCGCAGAGAAAAGGAACCUAUUGAGCAACCCGCAGCACGUCGCUCAGGUAGACGCACAGAAGAGGUCUCGUAUGCGGAGUCUGACUCAGGGAGCGAGUAUGCUGAACCCACUUCUGCAAGCUCGUCUGGAUCUUCAAAGCUGUUUGUGAGUCCCGUCAGCGAAAAAUUCUCGCCGCGACCUCGUGGAGUCAAGAGGAAGCGAGCAACCGAGAAGGAGACAACAGCAGCUGCAACGAGAAGCCCAAGUCGCUCCGUCACUCCCGCACCUCCGAUCAAGCGACACAGCACUCGUCGCACCACACUAGCAGACAGCGAUGACGAGAUGAGUGGACUUUACAGUCGUUCUCGGUCUAUUACCCCAGCACCUCCGAUCAGGAAAUACAGGGCAAGGCGCACCACACUUGCCGACAGCGACGAUGAGAUGACUGAAGCAAGUCGCAGUCAUUCGGUCACGCCAGCGCCACCUGUGAAGAAGCGCAGGGUUGCAGGUAGACUCAGUACUGUGCUUGAGGAUAGCGAUGAUGAGAUGAUGGAGCGAUCUCCUAGUCGUAAGCGCUCUGUUACGCCUGUACCACCUAUCAAGAAGCGCACAGGAAGGUAG